UCGCGAUAGGUUCGCGCGAGGAGCAUUCAAUUUCACUCGAGUAUCUCCAAUCAGAUUCUCGAGAGUCAACAUUCCGUUCCACCAAACCCACUCGAUGGACCACAGGAACAAGGCUAAUUCGAUUUCGGCGUAACGCGGCUUACCGUCGACCUCGCCAUACGUGUGCCUCAACGUGUUACCAUAUAUCAUCUGGCGCAAAACUGAAUUGACAAAUUGCCAGCAAAGAAAAUCCAAUAUACGCGUUAUACUUUGAUGAUCAACGGUCAUAAUUUCAGAGAUACGAGUUUUCCUCUAAUUUUUCUCUAACGUCUAAUCUCUAUGCUUCGUUAAAUUCUUGCAAUGUUUUUAAUUCUCCAUAAUCGGACAAACGUUUUUUCUUUUAUUCGCAAUGUUCGAGAUAAAUUUUUGUUGGUAAUCGAAAAGCGAUCUUUCGUUCCGGAAUCGAGAAAUAAAAGAAAGAAAAGGGAUCGUUUAAUUUUGGCAAAGACAGAGCCUUCGUUCCGCGACGCAACGCACCAACGUUCGAGAGACGAGGAUUUAUCGAACGUAGGUGUGUUGGCCGGUCGUGUUGUUCGUUUAUUAUGCUAGCUGGUUUGCCUGGCUUAUAUUGUGCCGGGCAGCGUUGUAAAUGCGCGGCUGGCUCUGUUCUUCCAUCCAUCGCCCGUUACAGUUUCCUUCCUCCAGCCUCCUCAGUUCCCAUUUUCUCAACCACUCACAACUCGCGUAGGUGAGCCCGUGUACGUGCUGUUCGAUCCCCAAUCGCGAGUUUCGGCGCGGAUGCAGCCUCGAAAAAUUAGCGUGCGCGAGAUGCCCGUAGUUUUGGUCGACAGUGAGCUCGGUUAACUCUUUCGAUCGAUCAUUCUCUUCGCGCGACUUUAUCUUCAUUUCGCUUUCCUCGGCGAAUGCGGCUCGAGUGUAGUUGGUGUGAAUUCGUGUAAAAAAAAAGAAAAAACGAAUGCCUCUUGCUUGGUGCGAUCAAGUUGGAGAUAAGCGAGAUCACGAGAUGACCGUAUCCGAGAAUGGAUCCACAACAGAGAUCGUCUCCAUAAACUCGGCCAGAAGUUCCAAGGUGAUUACAUCUUUCGAAGAAUGAACUCGAAAUUCUUCUGCCAAGACCUCAGUGCGAUUUCUUCCACAUGGACCUACACAGUGAUCCGUAUUUUUCUUUCUUUUUUUUCUCCGUUAUAUUAUUCUCUAAUUAAGGCUGGUAAAUAAAUUUAAUCCCAUUGUCUCUCGAGGCGUGGCGAGUUGUUCGUUGUAAAAGUUUUUCCCCUCGUACGGAGGGGAGGAAACGAGAGAAGAAAACGGAGAAGCGUUUUAUCGUGUACGAUAAAAUGCGGAUGUGCAUAAGAGCAUUCGUCUCGUUGUCUUUUCAAUGAUUCGCGUUUGAAUCGGGAUCGAAAAAAGAAAGAAAGAAAGAAAGAAAGAAAAGAAACGCGUAUGCCUCGAUGAUCUCGUGAAAUCUCGUAUUAUCGAAAGAGAGUUAUCAAAAGAGUUUUCGUCGUUGAAGAUUAUUUAAAUCCGUCAGAAGAGGGUGAUCUUACGUACGAUGAUCAGGGGCGCGGUGCCUCUCAGAUCGAACUCGACCUGCUCGAGGAACACCCUGAAUAUUGUCACGAGGGAGGAAAGACGUCGGACCGGAAGAUACGUCGCGGGUGGCGCUGUGCUGGCAAUCAUGCUUCUGGCCAUGCAUCAAGCGCUCCUCAGGGACGCGUCCACCAUAGCCGGUGUCUGCAUACCGGCCAUAAUAAUGAUCUCUUACAUUAUAUGGAUCUUGUAUUCCGCCCAUCGGGACAGACGAAAGGCGUUGAGAUUCGCGACAGCGUUGCAGCUGACAGAAGUAAUCAGCGUGCCACCCAGGUCGAGCGAAGAGAUCUGCAGAAACGGGACGAGCAAGGACGAGACACGAAAGUCAAACGGUUCGAAAUCAGCCUACAAUGUUCGAGAGUCGUCGUCCCGCGAAAAUCCUGCUUUCUCUUCCAAGGACGAAGCUGCGUGAGAGGAAUCCUUCUACUUUAUCACGUUGGACGUGAAAUCAAAACUACGAUUCUGGUUUUUUAUCACGACUUUCCCAGAGAAAUACCAGUAUUUUUUUCUUAUCUGGUUAUGUUCUAAAACAGUAAUAUUUUAGAUCGUACGAUGUAACCGAUUUUUUUAUUCUCUUUUCUAAAAUCUUCCAAAAUCAAGAAACGGUACGAAAAAUCGAAGAGGAUUCGAGUAAGCGGAUAAUCGAUUCGAUUGAAAUAUUUAAACGUAUCAUAGAAGGAUGAUGCAAAUCCAAAAAAACGACUGUGCAUACAAAUUGAGAACAAGUUCUUUCGCAUCGUGUCGUAAUUGUUAUCGUAUUUCGAACGAUUUUCAUUCAAAUGUAUGUACAACGAUUCGAACUUUACAAUUUUAAAUUAAUAAACGAAGAGAAAGGCGAAAGCAAGAGUCAAGACAAAUAUUAAGACGGCAAACUGUCUUAACAGGUUUAAAACGAGAUUCGAAACGCGAUCGAGUCAGCAUACUACGAUUCUUUCCGACUUUAAUCGUUCCCCUGAGGCAGAAAGCGAACGAACGAGCUUGCGGCACAACCUAAUAACAUAAUAAAUAACUUGGUUCGGUUUCGUUUUCGGGCGGCCCGAUUUCCCGCGAUAGAAUUAUUUGUUUAGCCCCGUGGCCCCGGAAUUAUUUGUUUCCGCGGCGUUUGUGAUGCAACAACGCACGUUCCCGAACGCACGUUGCCCCUGUUUCCAAAAUAAAUCUAUUUAACGGGGGAGAUAAAUCGCGAAAAACGCGACAUGUCGCGCGAAGUAAUUCGUUUUGGAACAAUUGUCGCGACAAAUCCUAUUUUGCGGCCGAAACUUUGUCGGGCGGCCGAUUUUUCACCACCAAUCUCUCUUUCUUCUUCGACGACAAGUUUAUUCGAACUUUAUUGUCUCUCGGUUUCGUCCCUCGUCCUCGAGAUUUCAUUUUUUUUCCUCCUUUUUUUUUAUUUUUCUAUUAUUUACGCGUUCUCCGUGCAACACCAUUUGUCGGAAGGUCCACGGUGAAUUACGCGGAGAUAGAAAGGGCGGAACCAUGGCCAUGUCUCCUCGCUUACUUAUUAGCCUGUGCGCGGCUCGUAAAUCGCGGUUAUAAAGAGUUACGCGGAAUAUUACUUGAAAAAUACGGGCUUCGUUUAAUAUUACAUAACGAGGAACUCGUUAUUGCAUCAUUUUCAUACUUCUCGAUUGUUAUUGUUCUCGAGCAAAUCGGGCAAAUCGGAGAGUGAACAUCUAUCAGGUAUUAUCAAUUGUAAUUUUCUUUGCGAUGUGAUCUCUGAUAAAAAAAAAAGAAGAAAAGAAGAAAAAAGUGACGAAUUAAUUGCAAUUCUCAGACUUUAAUGCGUAUAGAGAACGAUAUGGGGCUCUAACAAAUGCGUAAAAAUUGUCUAUUUUUUUUCGACGUUAGAGUUUAAAUAUUUAGACUGUAAGUUCUUUUCAUAAUUCGAAAAUAAUAAUAAAAAAAAAAAAUAUUGAAAA